AUGGUCAUAGACACAGGCUCUCGUGGCCUCUGUGUCACAUGGAUGCCAGAAUAUAAAUCAGAUUCAUCAACAUGUCGUCUCCUGCAUCAGCUGGCUACUGACUGUACCUUCUCCCUGGACCAGCCUGGUGGCACCCUGGACCUGACGCUAAUCUGUGCCAGGCUCCAAGAGAAGCUGUCACCUCCUUAUAGCUCCCCUCAGGAGUUUGCCCAAGACAUGGGCCGCAUGUUUAAACAGUUCAACAAGCUGACAGAGGACAAGGCCAAUGUUCAGUCCAUCAUCGGUCUGCAGCGCUUUUUCGAGAUGUGUAUGAAUGAAGCUUUUGGUGACACCAAGUUCUCUGCUGUGUUAGUUGAGCCCCCACCACUAAGCCUGCCUGGUGCUGGUCUGGGGGCUGCAGAGCUGUCUGGAGGACCCAGUGAUGGUCUCUGA